UCGGGAGGGCGGGGCGGGCAGGUGACUGACGCCCCGCGGUAGAGCUACGGGCAGGGCGCCGGGCCUAGCUGAUUGACCGGGCUGCCCUGGCCGCGGGCGUACUGGGGUUUGUCCACCGGGCGAGUUGCCCUGGUUUAUUCCAGCCGCCCGCAGUGCUAGCUCGUCUCCCGCCGGAGCCAAGAACGUGCGAGUGUGGCGUGUGGGAGAAGGCGCGGCCCCUGGCGUUCCGGCCCUGUUUGGUCGCCGGGGAACGACUGGACUAAGCCAGGAGGAGUAGGCCGGAGCCUUCGAGGGCCUCGGGCCCGGAGACUGGAGGAGGAUGAGCUGGCUCUUUCCCCUGGCCAAGAGCGCGUCAUCCUCCGCGGCCGGCUCGCCCGCCGGCCUCACCAGUCUCCAGCAGCAGAAGCAGCGGCUGAUCGAGUCGCUCCGGAACUCCCAUUCCAGUAUAGCGGAAAUACAAAAAGAUGUGGAAUACAGAUUACCUUUCACAGUAAACAACCUGACAAUUAAUAUUAAUAUAUUACUUCCUCCACAAUUUCCUCAGGAAAAACCGGUUAUUAGUGUUUAUCCACCAAUAAGACAUCACUUAAUGGAUAAUCAAGGAUUGUACGUUACCUCUCCUUUAGUGAGCAAUUUUACAAUGCACUCAGAUCUUGGAAAAAUUAUUCAAAGUCUUUUGGAUGAGUUCUGGAAGAAUCCUCCAGUUUUAGCUCCUCCUUCAACAGCAUUUCCAUACCUGUAUAGUAGUCCCAGUGGGAUGCCUCCUUACCCUUCGCAGGGUUUUCCAUUUCUUCCUCCAUAUCCUCCACAAGAAGCUAACAGGAAUAUCACAUCUUUGUCUGUAGCAGACACUGUUUCUUCUUCAACCACAAGUUACACUGCAGCCAAGCCGGUGGCUCCUUCAUUUGGUGUCCUUUCAAGUCUGCCAUUACCCGUUCCCACAACAGAAUCUUCCGCAUCGAUUAACCAAAAUGGUUUUGGUUAUAAGAUGCCGGAUAUCCCUGAUUCAUUUCCAGAGCUUUCAGAACUAAGUGUGUCCCAGCUUACAGACAUGAAUGAACAGGAGGAGGUAUUACUAGAACAGUUUCUAAUGUUGCCUCAACUAAAACAAAUCAUUACUGACAAGGAAGACCUAGUAAAAAGUAUCGAGGAGUUAGCAAGAAAAAAUCUCCUUUUGGAGCAUAGUUUGGAAACCAAAAGACAAACUGUUUUAGAUAAGUAUGAAUUACUUAUACAAAUGAAAUCUACCUUUGAAAAGAAGAUGCAAAGGCAACAUGAACUCAGUGAGAGUUGUAGUGCAAGUGCCCUACAGGCAAGAUUGAAAGUAGCUGCACAUGAAGCUGAGGAAGAGUCUGAUAAUAUUGCUGAAGAUUUCUUGGAGGGAAAAACUGAAAUAGAUGAUUUUCUCAGUAGCUUCAAGGAAAAGAGAACAAUUUGCCACUGUAGAAGAGCUAAAGAAGAGAAGCUUCACCAGGUGAUAGCAAUGCACAGCCAAUAUCAUGCUCCUCUAUAGAUUUUCCUGAAAAUAUGAACCAAGAAAGAAAUGGGACACAAAACUAAGCACAUUGUUUUAUAUUUAUGACUUCAAAUUGGCAUUUCAUGACCAUGGCUGAAAUCCAGAUGCACUAUAGAUUGUAUACACACCUGAGACUGAUUUUGUAUAGAUUAGAAUGAUUGCUAUAUUUGUUUUGAGAAAAUUUUCUGCACUAUUUGCACUAAAAAAUGUUUAUUGUUGACAAAUCCUGUAUUUAAGUUCUUCUGUAAUUCCUAAUUAAACAUCUAUGCAUGUAAUUCUAGCUAGUUUUUAAUAUUUUAUAAUACUACUGAUUUACAUUUUUAGUUUUAACUUGAAGCUCCCUCAUUACUUUAUCAGGAAUGGUUAUUACUUAUAUUCAUUUCCUAUCAGUCUUCUAUUAAAACCUAUUUUCAGCUGUGGAAAAGUCACUUAGCCUAUUCCCUGACACAUACACACGCACACAUACAUGCAUGCAUGCUUCUUUCGUUCUAGAUAAUAAAACUGUCCAAGGCAGUUCGUUUCCAGAUAUUCAGUGUCAGGAAACAGCAGUCCUGCCAAUGUGCCACCUUAAGAAAGCAACCUGUAAUACCUGCAAUAAAUCAGGGUGAAGAAUUUGCACUUUUAUAGUUUCACUUGUAAAGUAAAGAUGCACUUAGGGAGCAAUACAGGCUAACAUAUUGGUUUUGUUCUGGAACAGGGUCUCAUGUGUAGCCCAGCCUAGCCUCAAACUCGUGCUCCUUUCCCCCAGGUAUUGGGAUUACAGGCAGGUGCCAUUCAUCUCAUGAACAGAUACUUUAUUAAAUUAAAAACUGCAUUUCGCUUAAGCCAGUACAGAACAGACGUACAUGCAAAUUAAAAAAUAAGUAUCUAUGGAUUUUGGUUAAAUAUAAGCAUUCUUUUUAUAUUCCAAAUGUUAAAAAGAAAUCCUUUUGUUAAGAAAUGGUAAAUCCAGAUGAAAAAACAAGUCAGUGAAAAUUUAAUACUGUUUUUUAAUCUUUUUCUAAAAUUACUCGUUUCCUAAGAAAAAAGCUUUGUAAUAGCAAGUAAUGUUCAAUCUUAAUUUUUAAUGAAUUUAAUUGUCUAAUUUGUAGAUGUGUUCAGCAGUUUGUUUCUGUAUUUUGUCACAGAACUAAGCCAUAAGUGCACAAAGAAGAAAAUGAAUAACUGCAUAUCUGAGGUUUGGUAAGGUAGGAUCUAAAUCACUAAAUACCCUAACAUUCCAAAGCCUGCAUAAGUUAUGGAUUGUCUUCAUUCUUUUAACUCUGCACAUUUUUGGUAAUGCAGUUUUAGGAAAAACAAAAAUAUUUUCUUACUGAAAAAUACUUUGUUUGUAGAAGACAUUCACACAGACCGUAAAGAUCUAAUGCGGGCUAUACCCUGUUAUAGUUGCCCAUCUUCCUGGCACUGUUGCUAAGGUGUACUAUUUAAUCCUCAGAAUGGCCAGAUAAGGGUAAACUUGUUAUUCCUGACACAGAAGUGUAGGUAAAAUAACUGAUGUAGUAAUGUUUCAAAUUUGUGACCAAGUUUGGGGACCUUUGGAGACAUCUCCUUAGUGCACCAGUGUUGGCAUUCCCAGCAGUCACUGUAGUCAGUAGAGAACCUACCAGACACAGUCCUGUUGAUUUCAUAAAAACCAGGCAUAUCCCAGAAUAAGAGCCAGUGGACUGUAAGCCUUCUAGAAUAUUGAUUAAUCUGUCUUAUUAAGCAUAUGCUAAACAGCUCUAGCAUUAUUUAAAGACUACCCAGAGACAACUCAAAUGAUGUACAUAGGUGCUUCUUUCCCUUCUGUGUCUCUCUCUCUCUCUCACACACACACACACACAUCACUUGCUCACCCAGGACAGUUUAUACAGACACAGUAGUAAUCCAGUGGGAUUUUUCUUGAAACUUGUAUUCUCCAAGUUUCACUGUCAGUUAAACUGGAAGCAUACUUUCUCCUUCAAAGUUCAGAGACCUUCUUCAUAAUCCAAACAUUAGACCAAGACAUUUCACCACAGUUAACUGCAUUUACCUAGUUGACAAACUUGUUCAGACAUAAUUGUUACUUGAGGUGAAUAUUUGAAUAUGCCAGUGUGUAUUUGAGUUCUGUAUUUGCAGAAUUACAUGGUUGUAAUUUUGUAGCCCUGUUUCUUCUUUAUGAAAAUUAGCUACACAUAUGAAUACCAAAGAAGAUCCUCUGGUUUUACUUGAGUGUAUAAUAUAGAAGACUAUAAAGGAAAGCUUAGGAAUGGACUACCCAGGGCAGAAUUUGUCAUGGUAUUUAAAGGUAGAUACUAAGUAGUAAGUUAGUGAGGUCAAAGUUAAAUUAAAUUUUCAGAAUAAAUCAACUUUACAGAGAAUUAAUGUCAGAAUACAGAACAGAAAUUGCUUGACCAGUUUACAUAAUCAAAGUGGAGAGCAGCUAAGAUUCUGUUGUAGGAGAAAGAAGUAAACUUGUGCCUUGUUUUUUUAAGGCAGGGUCGCUAACCCAGACUGCCUUCUGCCUUGUGAUGUAGCUGAGAAUGACCGUGCCCUUCUGAUCCUCUACCUGAGUAUUAGGAUCAUAAAUAUUUAUCACCAAGCCAGUUCAUGUGGUGCUUGGGACUGAACGCAGGGCUUCAUGCAUGUGAGACAAACAUUCUACCAGCUGACGUGCACCCUCUUAAGGCAUGAAAACUUGGGCUAGGGAGGUGGCUCGGUGCUAACCUGUUAUGCAAGCAUGAGGACCUGAGUUCAAAUACUGAGGACUCAUAUAAAAACCUGGCACACAGUAAAACACAUCAGUAGUUCUAUUCUACACAAAAGAGGAGGCUGAGGAUCAUUCCAGGGUGGAGAGGAUGGCUGCAAACAGGGUGGAAGGCAAGGGCUGGCAACUGUGCUUGUUCUCCUCUCACCCAAGGUUUCACUUUUCCUCUUUUUAAUUUAAAAUUUUCACCUGACUUGUUCAAAUAUGAUCAAAAUUCAAAAUUCUUUAGUAUUACUAAGUAAUAAAUCAUUUGAGCUGUAACUAUCACUGGUUGGGAAGUAAUGUGUCUUGAGUCAGUUACAUAUUGAAGUAACCCCUAGAACACUACCUUAAAUACUAAAAUGCUUCAUGACUAAAGCUUGAUUUAGAAUGAGCAUGUGAUACUGAGACGUUUAGUUGGACUGAUCAGAAUUUAUUCAGGGUCUCUGAAAAGGCCUACAGUAAAGCAUGUAUGUAGCUUCAAUGAUAGGUUGGUUAAUCUGUAAAAGACUCAAUAAACACAUGCUUAAGUUA